AUGCAGGCCAAUGGCGAGGCGGCUGAGGGCCCGCCACCUGUCCGCGGCGAGGGCGGGCGGGGAGGCGUCGCACUCCAUGGUAACGACGCCGGCCCGAAGAUGGCGGCCGCUGGGUCUGGAGGAGCGGGCGGCCCGGGACCAGGGCCGCGAGGCCGCUGGGGCGGCUGCCUGUGGGUGCGAGGCGUCCUGCUCGUGCUGGGCGGGCUCCCGGCCGGCGCCGCGGCUGCUCCCGUCUCCCUGGGCACUUCGCCUCCGUGUCGGCAUCGCGUCCUUUCGGACACUGAGGUAAUAAAUAAGGUUUAUCUUAAGCCAAAUCAUGUCACAAAGAGAGAUGCUGAUGGCCAUUUACGAAUCAAGACCAUCUAUGAUCAGAGCAUCGAAGAGUUGCUCCCUGAGAAAAGAUACCUUGUUAAGAACAAACUUUUCCCACAAGCUAUUUCUUAUUUAGAGAAAACAUUUCAGGUUCGAAGACCUGCCGGCAGGAUCUUACUUAGCAGACAAUGUGCGACAAACCAGUACCUACGGAAAGAAAACGAUCCACACAGAUACUGUACUGGAGAGUGUGCAGUGCAUACCAAGUGUGGGCCUGUUAUAGUGCCCCAGGAGCACCUCCAGCAAUGCAGGGUCUGCAGAGAGGGUAAGUGGCCGUGUGGAGCAGUGGGUAUGCUAGACCCCGAGGGCGUGCAGGAUGCAGACUUUGUUCUUUACGUUGGCGCUCUGGCCACUGAGAGAUGCAGCCAUGAAAACAUCAUCUCUUAUGCAGCCUAUUGUCAGCAGGAGGCAAAAAUGGACAGGCCCAUAGCAGGAUAUGCUAACCUGUGUCCAAAUAUGAUCUCCACCCAGCCACAAGAGUUUAUUGGGAUGCUGUCCACAGUGAAGCAUGAAAUCAUUCAUGCCCUGGGUUUCUCGGCUGGGCUUUUUGCAUUCUACCAUGAUGAAGAUGGAAACCCCCUGACUUCAAGGUCUGCAGAUGGCCUCCCGCCCUUCAACUAUAGUCUUGGCUUGUAUCAGUGGAGUGAUAAAGUGGUUCGGAAAGUGGAGAGAUUGUGGAAUGUUCGAGAUAAUAAGAUAGUUCGCCACACUGUGUAUCUCCUAGUAACGCCGCGUGUUGUCGAGGAAGCUCGGAAGCACUUUAACUGUCCAGUCCUAGAGGGGAUGGAGCUUGAAAACCAAGGUGGGAUGGGCACAGAGCUCAACCACUGGGAGAAGCGCUUGCUGGAGAAUGAAGCAAUGACUGGUUCUCACACCCAGAACAGAGUCCUGUCUCGAAUCACUCUGGCAUUAAUGGAGGACACUGGCUGGUACAAAGCAAAUUACAGCAUGGCGGAGAAACUCGACUGGGGCCGAGGAAUGGGCUGUGAAUUUGUCAGGAAGAGCUGUAAAUUCUGGAUUGAUCAGCACAGGCAAAAGAGGCAGGUGCCGAGCCCGUACUGUGACACGCUCAGGAGUAACCCGCUGCAGUUGACUUGCAGACAGGACCAGAGAGCCGUUGCUGUGUGUAACCUGCAGAGAUUUCCUAACCCUUUACCACCCGAGUACCAGUACUUUGACGAGCUGAGUGGGAUCUCUGCCGAGGAUCUGCCGUACUAUGGUGGGUCAGUAGAGAUCGCUGACUAUUGCCCUUUCAGUCAGGAAUUCAGCUGGCAUCUAAGUGGCGAAUACCAGCGCAGCUCCGACUGCAGAAUACGGGAAAACCAACCGGAGCUGUUUAAGAAUUACGGGGCAGAGCAAUACGGGCCGCACUCGGUCUGCCUGCUUCAGAAGUCAGCGUUCAUCAUGGAGCAGUGUGAGAGGAGGCUCAGCUACCCAGACUGGGGCAGUGGGUGCUACCAGGUUUCUUGUUCUCCUCAAGGUCUAAAGGUUUGGGUUCAAGACACUUCGUACCUGUGUAGCCGGGCGGGGCAGGUCCUCCCAGUCCGAAUUCAGAUGAACGGCUGGAUUCACAAUGGAAACCUGCUGUGCCCCUCCUGCUGGGACUUCUGUGAGCAGUGUCCACCAGAAACAGACCCUCCAGCUGCCAACCUGACUCGAGCCCUUCCUCUGGAUCUCUGCUCCUGUUCUUCUAGCCUGGUGGUCACUCUUUGGCUCCUCCUUGGCAAUCUGUUCCCUCUGCUGGCCGGAUUCCUUCUGUGUGUGUGGCACUAGGAGUGGAAAAGUGAACUCUCAAGACGACAGUUUUGUCAUGUUCCCAUGAACAAAGCACAGGACCUGGGUGAUCGCCAGCCCAGGCAGAUGAUACAGACGGCAGACGUGCCGUUCUGACUCUGGCUUGGAAGUGCGUCCACAGUAGGACUGUGAAGAGUGGGUCACCCAGUGUGACUGUUCCGCGGCAGUCACUCCUUACCAGCCACACAGCCACCUCGGAGUUGUGGAGAGGAACUGCCCAAGGCUCCUGAGUUCAUGGAUAUGCAGUCUCCUGGCAGUUCUUCUUUAAUGCCAAGUGGAUGGUGGGAUUUGCUGUGAUCACAUACCUCAGCAUUUGCGUUCAUGAGCAUCAAGGUCACCCAGAGCAGCUGAUGGCCCAGUCCAGAGUUUGACUUGAGGAUCCCAUCCUCCAGAGUACAGAACUGGUCAUCGGGAUUUCAGAUUUCCCACCAGCACUGCACCUGUUUAAAUGAGCAUCUGGAUAUGGUACCCUCAAAUCAAAAAUACCCUCAGAUCAAUGGUAUACUCCUUGUCCGACCGUUCUGCUAAAGCAUCUGACUCGACUGUGUUUGCCUCUCCUGCCAGCUGUGAUGGUUCGCUGAGCUGUUGUCAGUGUGGCAUUAGCCCUCUGCGCCUGGUCUGUGAGCUUGGUGUCCACUUGCUUUUCUCAUUAAUUUCAUAGCAACAUGGAAAACCAACCGUGGGAGAGGAUGAAGUGCAGGGUGCGGUCAGAGGAUUGAAAUCAUGCAAACAGAAGGCGACAUGAUUGCGCUUCAGGUAAUAUUUACACAAACAGUAGUCCAUCAAAACCCAACUGAUCCUUUCUGGCCUAUGUGAAUUUUAAAGGUUUAGACAUGGACAGGCAUGCAGUUACUUCCAAGAGGACUGGGCGAAUUAUUGCUAAAUCACAAAGUUAUUUCAUAGACGAGAAAACCUCAAGUUAUCACAAGGUCAUCUGAAUUGCUUCCUAACAGCAAAGUACAGGUUUGGGGUCGAGCCUGCCCACCGGCCCAUCUGGACUCGGUCACAGCACUUGUGUAUUACCUCUGUUUACAUGUCUGUUUCCUCCCGUGUCUGACACUCCUGUACCACACAGAUUCUGUGAGGCAAUCCUUCUGCACCAGAGCUUACCAACCCUCUUGUAACUUAACUUUGACACUCUCUAAGGAAAAGCAAUGUCCUGGUUUUCUCCCUAAAAAUAAUCAGUUACUGUGGUGUUAGAAAUGGCCUUACGACCAGCAAGAUGGCUUAGUGUCUCAAGGCACUUGCCACUCAGCCUGAAAUCCUGAGCUUGACUACUGGAGACAACAGGGGAGAAGAAAGGGACUGACACCU